UGCGACUCCGCCACGAUCACGCCCGCCCACUGCAGCACGACCACCAGCUCUGUCUGUCUAUUUGCCUGUCACCGCAGAGAUCACCGACACCAGCCGCGAUGAGGACUGCGCUUAUAGUUGGACUGCUGGCACUUCUGGCUCUGGACGUCUGUCAUUCCAAAGCUGGUGGUGACAAGCAAGGGGAUGCUUCCAGGAGCGUUGAUGCCGAAACGAAAAACCGUUUUGACACCGUGGACGGCAACUGGACCAUAGACGGUAACAGGGACGUUUGUUCAACAGCCGGGUGUGGUACUUCUCUAUUAGGCACGUGCAGGGUAUAUCCGUGCAUGCCCGGGGAAAGAUUUUCCGGAUGUUGUGAUGGACCAUGUGAUUGCGGGUGCUGUGGGCCUUGUGAAGCUGGCAGCUGUGAUAAUGGCCGCUGUGUGGAUGACUCCAGCUCCUGCAAUACAGACGAGUACAGUGAUGGGGAAUGUUUCUACGGGGGCUGCACCUGCUGUAAGACCUGCCAAGCAAGCAAUGAUUGUGCGUCCGCCGGAGGUCAGUGUAUCAACGCUGAGGCUACGUGCGGUACCGGCUUGUCACCAAUGACUGAACUUGGCUGUACGAGUAACAACUGCAAGUGUUGUGCGCCAGUAUGCACUCCCAGCAGCGCCUGUACCGAUGGCCCCAACCCGGGGGUGUGCGUGACUAACGAAGAUUUUUGCGACGCUGAUGAUGAAUACCUAACAGAUGAUGGGUGUGGCAACGCUGGCUGCACGUGUUGCAAGACCUGUAGGCCAGACAAUUUUUGUGCCCGUAAGAAUGGGAUAUGCGUCAACCCAGCUCACCUAUCUGAACCGACACGCCCUCCUCACAAUCGAUGUCCCGCGGGAUAUCAUCAUUUUCAGCCAGGCACUUGCGGCACUGAUGACUGCAUCUGCUGUAUUCCAAGGCCUCAAAAUGGGGGGUGAAACUGUAACCCUGAGCCACCGCCACCGCCUGCACGACCGGCGCCCUGACCGAGGACUGACCCUGCCCUGACCUGCCCUGACCUGCCCUUGACCUGACCCGCCUCACCUUCAUGCACGGACUUCCUGCACGUGCGCCGUGCACGCUGAUCCUCUGCAGAGUAUUCAAUUCUCCUUCUUCUUGGGCUUGAUGCCAGAGCACCCUUCUGCAAAGAAAAAAAAAAAAAAAAGCACAAACGUAAAUAGAGAGAUUACAAAAAACUUAACAUUUCAGCAGAUUAAAAUUUUUGACUUUCGAAAUUCUAUGUACGUUCAGCUCGCAAUAUGUGUGUACCAGCUGUUCAGAAUUAUGCUGCAAAUAAAAUAGAAGUAAUCCUUAAAAGUUUUAAUGGAGGCAAGUACUAGCGUAGAGUCCUGC